AUGACUCCACGCACUGCAGAUCCGCAAUCUCGAGCCUCUGCGGCGUGUACCGCCUGUCGCAUUCGGCGCACCAAGUGCAUCGUGGACUCCGGACAAUCGUCCUGUGACUAUUGCCAAAGCAAAGGCAUGGAGUGCACCUUCCAGGCGUUGGAUGAUCGCAAAAGACCAAAGUCCAAGGUGUACCUAAACUCACUACUCGAAAACAUCCAAAUUCUCGAACAGCGACUAAGGGAGGCUGGGCAUGAACCUCCUCAAUUCCAGCAAAGUGUUGCUCAGUCUCAGCCAACGCAGCGGCAUCAGCGAAAUUUCUCUCCGCGAGAUAAAGAAUCAUCAAGGAAUAUAAGAUCAACGGCCGAUCGGCCCCGAUUUCAACCAGUCACUUGCCCAGACGUUGAACUGCACACGAGCUUGGAGCAAGAUGGCGUACAUAGCUCACCCGCUUCGGUCGAUGCCGUGUUGGAGUCUAUUCAGCGGUCAUCAGAUGUACUCAGGCCUGACUCAGCUGGCUUGGAUUCAAUCAACAGUCACAAUUCGGUCCGCCAACGAAGUGCUUCUGAGCCGCACCAGCUGACCAACCGAAAAAGCACAAUAUGGAGUCUGAUCUAUGGACCUGACCGAUUCAUUUAUGACAGAGAAAAGGGGCGUAUCCACUACUUCAGUCCCUCUACGUGCUACAAGAGGUAUCUGAAUUCGGAUGACCAUGCGACCCUCAAGCCGUCGCAUUUGGACAAGCACUCCUACAGAAUACUUGCGGAAAUUCCUGUCGACCUGGAGAGCUAUAUAAUGGACCUUUUCUGGAAUAGGUACAAUAACACGUUAUGUGUGAUUGAUCGGCAAGCAUUUCAAAAUGACCAGAGCAGUGGGGGGUCGACAUAUUAUUCCGUAUUCCUCCAUCUUGUUUGUUUGGCUAUGGGUUUUCGGUUUGCGGACGAGAGCCGGCCAGGGAUGCAACAGGUGAUGCUCAAUGAUAGUUCCAGUGUUUUCCAACGAGAAGCGAAAUUCCUCCUGGAUCGAGAACUUGAAGAUCCCCGAGGUCUCACAAUCAUCCAAGCAAUGCUGGUCUUGAGCGACCUCGAAUGUGCGUCUGGCAGAGACGACGUGGCGGGAAUGCAUAUAGCAACCUCUUGCCGACUUGCUUUUGAUUUCGGACUCAAUCUAGACUGUUCAAGAUUUGGGCUGUCCUCUGAAGAGACGAAAUUUAGGAAAGAUCUACUCCGUUCAUGCCUGAUAUACGAUCAAGCUUGGGCAUUAUAUGUGGAACGGCCAACUAACAUGAAAAUUUCCGAUAUUUCCAGGUCCUGCUUGACCAACCGCGUCUCUUGCCUGAACGACUCCGGACUGUUCCAGCGAAAACCCACGGAUGAAUCAACAGGUUUAAAUGGAGAUCUUCACGGACAUAUAUUGGACUCCUUGCUUGAGCUUUCAGAGCUCAGUUCGAAGAUACAAGCGCUAGCACAGCCGAGGCUGACUUUCGGGAGCAUUGCCGAUGAAGAUCGUUUGAUUGACGUUGCAGCACUGGAUGCAAAGUUGAAGAGUUGUCAACAAUUCCACGUUGCUCAGCUCAACCUCCAUGGUCCGUAUGGACGCUACGAGGACGCACUAGGAGUAGAGAUGGAGAAGGCACACGUCUUCCGUACAGGGGCCAGCGAUAGCGGCAAUGGCGGCGCGCUCCAACACUUAGCUCGAUCAGUCACUAUGAACGCGGCAAUGAAAAUCGCCCAGGGCUUUUCGGCUUACCGGCAAAGAUUUGGCACUUGCGAGACGGGAGUCUUCUCUCUUCAACAAGGAGGUACGGCUCUACUGGCCUUAAUGUCAACCAUUAAAGUCAGCAAAGAGACAGGAAAACGUAAUUCUGGGCUGCACCAUCUAUAUAUGCUGAUGGAGCAGCUGCGCGAGAUGUCUCGGAUCUACAAUCCAGCCGAUUUGAUGUGCCGUGUGGUCAAGCAUGAGAUGGAACGACUUGAGAUUGACUUCAGUGAUUUACCGACGCCACCGAAUACACCAAUAUACCCCGUCUCGCCAUCAACGGCGGCCUCUGCCCAACAGCCCAACGCCGAACAUCAUUCAGAUUCAGGGCCUGCAACGAAGCGGCGACGCUUUUCGACUGACCCAGAUUGUGUCACUGUUACCUGCGCAUCACUUCCAGACUCUGCCUUCAACCAGAACCCAGCCUUCUCCGCCAUGAGAUCAUCACCGCAACAUGGAGUCACUGAAGUUGAAGCACCUGCGCAGCCACCCGCAAGCCUACCUCAAGCUCAACCUUCGGAAACGGUCCCCGCCGCUGACACAUUCGAACCUUUAGAUCCCAUGCCUGAUCCUAUUCUAGAUCUGAACAGCAUACAACCAUCCUCCUGGUCGUUAGGACUGUCUGAUAUAUCAGCAUUAUUCGAUUUCCAAAGCCACGACCAGAUCGGUAAUGAUAUGCUCCUUCCCUUCGUCCCAGAGACCCAUUAUCUGCCAGGGGGAACUGACCCGACCUUGAGAAUGUUGCCGGACGUUAUGCAAUAUGGAUAA